UUUGUAACGUAACAGCCGAAGAGGUCAAAACAAAACCGGUGAUUGAAAGACAGUCAGCUCUGUGCAGACACUGCACCCCUGAUGGCUGGUCGACUCCUCAAAGUCUCCUCUCUGGCCACAGCAGUGUUUGCCUCCACCGGGUUUUACUUCUACAACAGACAGCUGGACCUCAAUGACCUCAGCGUGAUCCGCUUCGGACGGGCCGCGGCAACAACGGCGGUUAUCAGCUACGACUACCUGACGGCCUUCAAACAUGUGGAGCAUGGCUCGAAGGAGUACUGGGAGCUCAAGUCCAAGGUGCAUCUGCGAUCAGCGGAGCGUCUUCGAGGCUUGUGUUGUGCAAACCGAGGAACUUUCAUCAAGGUGGGCCAGCACCUGGGAGCUCUGGACUACCUGCUGCCCGAGGAGUACACGUCCACGCUGAAGGUGCUGCACAGCCGAGCUCCUCAGAGCAGCAUGGAGGAGAUCCAGCAGGUCAUCAGAGAAGACCUCGGCAAGGAGCUGUCAGAGUUAUUUGUCUCCUUUGAGGAGAAGCCUCAGGGUGCAGCCUCCUUAGCUCAGGUCCACAAGGCAGUGUUGCAUGAUGGAAGGACGGUGGCCGUCAAGGUCCAGCACCCCAAAGUCCAGAGACAGAGCUCCAAGGACAUCGUGGUGAUGGAGGUGUUGCUGCGGGCCGUCCACUGGCUCUUCCCGGACUUCGCCUUCAUGUGGUUGGUGGAGGAGGCGAAGAAGAACAUGCCGCUGGAGCUCGACUUCCUCAACGAGGGACACAACGCCGAGCGGGUCGCCAAGAUGCUGGACCACUUCCCUUUUCUGAAGGUUCCCAUGAUCCACUGGGACCUGUCCACAAAGAGGAUCCUGACCAUGGAGUUUGCAGAGGGGGGUCAGGUGAACGACAAAGACUACAUGAAGAAACAUGACAUCAACGUCAACGAGAUCUCAGAGAACCUGGGUAAGAUGUACAGCGAAAUGAUCUUCGUGCACGGCUUCGUCCACUGCGACCCGCAUCCGGGGAACGUGUUGGUCUGCAAGUGCCCCAAGAGCAAGAAGGCGGAGAUUGUCCUGCUCGAUCACGGACUCUAUCAGGUCCUGCAGCCGGACUUCAGGAUGGACUACUGCAGAUUGUGGCAGUCUCUGAUAAACGGGGACAUGUCCGGUGUGGAGCGUUACAGCCGUAGACUGGGAGCCGGAGAUCUGUACCCGCUGUUCGCCUGCGUGCUCACCGCUCGCUCCUGGACCGCCGUCAACGCCGGCAUCAGUUCUGUGCCUGUCACCGUCUCUGAGGACGUGGAGAUCCGGACCAACGCGGCUCUCUACCUGCCUCAGAUCAGCGACCUGCUCAACCGAGUUCCCCGUCAGAUGCUGCUCCUUCUGAAGACCAACGACCUGCUGAGGGGCAUCGAGACCACCUUACAGACCAGAGCCGCCUCCUCGUCUUUCAUCAACAUGUCUCGCUGCUGCAUACGAGCCAUGGCCAGGCACAAGAGGAGUAAAGCUCGGUCCAGGAGGAAGCGUCUCCAGAUUUCGCUGGCAGAGUCCCUGAACCUGUGGAAGCUCGGCAUGUAUGAACUGUUCCUCAGAGUGAAGGGCAGCAUGUUGGUCCACUGGCUCUCUGCUCUGCUCACCUUUCUGCACUGAGACACACCGGGACCUCACGCCUGGACCUCACACCUGGACCUCACACCUGGACCUCACACAGGGACAGAAAUAGUCGAGUGCUUAUGCACGACAAAGUAACGUACAGAAUAUGUGCUCAUAACACACCUCCGUUACAUACACACAACAGAUAAAUCCACUCAUGUUAGCUUCACAGUUUGUAACUUUUCAGAUAGAAAGAUGCUGAGGUCUUUGGAGCCUGGGUGCAGAUCUGUUUGACCCCUUACCUCAAGGUCACUGCUGGACUUUAACUUCAAGUCACAAUCAAGGACACACAAGAGGAUUAGAGCUACAUGUGAGAAAUUAGCUUCCCUUCUGAGAUCAGUCCGAUUUAUGAGUUCAACUUUAACUUAAAUUUAUCACUUGGAAUAUUAUAUUUAUUCUUCUUCUAAUAGAAUUUUUUUUUAACAAAAUUGUAUUUUGUUAUAAGAUUAUAAUUUAACUUAAAUACGGUGAUUACACUUUUUUAAAUCAAGUGAAAUUAAGAGUUUUAUUUUAUUUUUUUCUCUUGCAAAUGAAGCCAAAAAACUCACUUCAUUUUCAGAUUUCUAUCUUUUUAUUCUUCUGACUUUUUAACUUUACAUUUUUUGAUUUUUAGAGAAGAGAUUUUUGUAUUAUAAUCUUUAAUUUAUUCUUUAGUAGAUUGCCAAUUUAGUGAAACUCUUUAGUAUAUUCUAAGAGUAUAAAUCCAGAAGUUCAAUAAUAUUUCACAUGGUUCUAAUCUUCCUUUGUGUCUGAUAUCUGACUUAAUAAAAUGAUGUUUAAAUAUAAAUUGUUCAGAAAACAAGCAUUUAUUACAUUAUCAUGUGACAUCAGGCUCUGAUCUUGAGAUAAAAAGGGUCUCACAGUGAGACUGAGACGAACACAUGAACAGCAGGAGAGACAGAAAGCAGCUCCAUCACUUAUUCAAAAAGCCUCACAGGUUAGUCAGUCGUACAUAAACACAAGAAUCCACUGGGGGGGGCAGAGUGCAUGUAAACGCAUGCAACAAGUACAUGAGGUCUCAAGAAAGUCACCUUUAAGUCUGUCUCUUAAACCAGGACACAAACUCAGACACUGAUCCACCAACACGGUGACGACGGCUGCAGAGCACGAGACGCUCCUCUCACAGGGAGACAAGGAACAUGAACUAUGAGAGGAUGAGUCGUGUGUUUCUGGACUGUGGAUGCAUUCCUCCUCAUCAACAGAAUACCUCAGAAUGAAGUUUGCAUCGAGUCACAGAAGUCUCUGGUGAUGCAGGAUGCGCUGAAUGAAUGCUUCAGUAGUUUCAUUUUCUAUUGCUGAUGUUAUUUUACAACAAUGCACCAUGUUUACUGAUUCAUAGGUACUGUUCUGAAGUCAAAUACUGUCCACUCAUUCCACAAGCACAUCAGUUAGUACUGUAACGCGUCAUGUGUUGAUAUUUAGAGAAGUGUUUUCACUCUGAGGAGAAAAGGCUCUUCAGCUUUUUAAACAAACCUGUGAGUGAUUCCUGCAGGUUGUCGCACUCAACCGUACCCCAAAAUUUAACGACACAGAUAAUGUGGUUCUGCAGAAACACUUCUAAACUUUGGCCUUAUUUUUAUUUUUAUUUAAUUUCCCCAUAAAGUGUCUUCAAUCCUGCAUUUUUCUUCUCAUCUUUCCCUCUGACAACUAAGUUUAUCUCUGCCUCACACAAAUAAGUAAAGAGGUAAAUGUUGCUGCAUUUGUUUUGUCAGUCACUCGCCAUAUUUAAAAAAAAUGUGUCAAAUAUGAACAGAAACAGACAAAGUGUUCAACGGGUGACAAGUCAGGACUGCAGGCAGGCCAGUUCAGGACCUGGGCUCUUCUACUACAGAGCCAUGCUGUUGUAAUCCGUGCAGAAUGUGGUUUUGCUGAAAUAUGUAAGGUCUUCCUGAAGACGUCAUUGUCUGGAUGGCAGCAUGUGUUGCUCCUAAACCUGUAGAUAUUGUUCAGCAUUAAUGGAGCCUUCAUAGAUGUGGAAGCUACCCAUGCCAUGGACUCUUAUGAUCCCCAUACAAUCAGGGACACUGGCUUUGAACUGUGAGCUGAUAACAAGCCGGGUGGUCCCUCUUCUCUUUAGAGCGGAGGACACAGCGUCCAUGAUUUCCAAAAAGAAUGUCAAACUUUGAUUCAUCAGACCACAGGACAGUUUUCCACUUCCCCUCAGUCCAUCUUAAACGGGCUCAGGUCCAGAGAAGUCUCUGUGGUUCUGGAAAAUGUUUAUAAAUGGUUUCCUUUUUUGCAUGGUUCAGGUUUUUUUGGAAGAGAUUUUGACCCCAUGCAAUGACUUCCACUACAGAGUCAUGUCUAUUUUCAAUGCAGUGCCACCUGAAGGCCCCUCACAACUUUCCAGUAUUGGUUUUUGGCAUUGGCCCUUUUCGUGUAUUCCAGAGAGACUCUCUGAGAUGCUCGUUUUGAACCCAGUCAUGCUUCUAAUCUGUCACCAAUGAAGCUAAUUAAUGAGA